AUGCCUACUGCUUCAGAGCGUAUUAACGCCUUGAACCCCUUCUCCAAGAAGGAGUCUCAUAGCGCUGGCUCUAUCACGACAUACAAGGUCCUGACUACUCUGUCUUGGCUCCUCUCCCUGAUCGUCUCCGUCUACUACGUCGCCUACAGGGCCCACGAUGGCCACACGAUCGUCAGAAGCAUCUGGGAUGAGAACUGGCUGUACCCGACUGCCUUCACCCUCAACUCGGUCAUCGUCGAUAUCUACUGGAUCGUGCUCUUCAUCCUCCAAAUCGGAUAUGUUGCCCACCUCUUCUCCAACAACACCGACUACGUGAACGCUGCGGCCAGCGUUGGAUCCCACUUCAUCUUCAACAACCUCUUGCACUUCGCUUUCGUCAUGCUUUUCGUGCGCGAGCACUUCGCCUGGGCCGAGGUCAUCUUGAUCAUCAACUUCUUCAACUUGUCGUCGCUUUACUUCCGCCACAACACCUACCCGCGCUUCAUCCACUGGCCUGUCGUGUCCGCUCCUCUGGCUUGGACUUUCGUGGCCGUCUACUGGAACGGCGCCAUCAUGGUUCCCCACCCUCACUCACUUGUUGCGCGCAUCUUCGGCAACAUCUUUGUCUGGUCUAUCCUUGUCUACGGCGGAUUCUUCAUCACCAUCUACAAGGACUACACCAUGGGUUUCUCUCUCAGUGUGCUCUCCGCCGCUCUUGGUGUCGCGCAAUUUGAGCGCCAGGUUGUUGCAUUCCAGUGGAUCUUCGCCUUCACCAUCAUGGCCGUCCUGUUCGUCGCGACGCUCGUCAUCGCCUACCCGGCCUGGUCUGGCAAUGAGUACUCCUGGCCCCGCCGUUCUGCCCCCGCCGACCAGGAGCGCGCUCCCCUUUUGGCCGACGACCAGGCAUUCCCCUUUCCCAUCAACAUUGGGACCGACAUUUGUCAAGUCUCGCGCAUCUACCGACUCCUAGCCGGGGACAGGGGAACGAGGUUCCUCCAGCGCGUCUUCACUCAGGAUGAGCGCGCCCUGGUCCCCUCAUUGAACGGCAAACGCCAGUCUCUAGAUACCUUCCAAAACAACGAUUUCGAAGCCUUGAAGAAGCAUGACCCAUCCCUAUGGAAGACAGCUGCCCAUGUAGCCGGGAGGUUCGCGGCGAAGGAAGCCGCGUUCAAGGCGCACCCUUUCAGACGACUUUCCUUUCACGACAUCACCAUCGUCAGGAGAGGAACUCUGGAGGAUAGAAAGGAUGUCAACGGCAGCGGCCCGCCGGUUGCUGUGAUUCGCGGCGAGAGGGAGGGCGAGCCGGGGCAGAUUGCCCAGGUUUCUAUUAGCCAUGACGGGGACUAUGCUACCGCUGUCUGCUUGGCGUAUGAGCCGCCUGCUAAGGGUAAAGAGACGAAGAAAUCAGAUCCGUGA